CUCCAUGAAUCGUAAUGGCGUCAAUAGUGUAACGUGCGUUGUUGAUACGGUUGUGUUUUUUAACAAAUUGAAGAAACAAAUAUCGUGUAAUAACAAAUGAAAUAUGGCGAUUAAUAAAGGGUGGAAUCCUGAUUUAUGGAAAACAUGGGACAAACAUGGAAAGAAUGAUUACCUCAAGAUAAUCAAGCAGAAGUAUAAGGAAGGCGACACUACAGAAUGGAGACGAGGCUUGUACGAAUUGAUCUCAAAUGGAGUCCAAGCGAAUAUAAAGAAAGAAAAUGUGGUAUCUACACUUGGAGAACUUGUCAGCAUCGAUGCAGCCAUACCUUCCACUAUUGUGGAUUUAUUUACCCUGAUAGAUGCAGAAGUGGUGAACGACAACAGAAACAAUUUUUAUUACAUCGUAAAAGAAAGCGAAAAGUUUUUAACAGAUAGGAUACUCAAAGAACGACUGGAAAUUGACACUCUACAGGACAUUGGCAUUCUUAAAAAUCGAAACUUUAACACCAAGUUCGUCAAAGUGAAGACAAAACUUUUUUACAAACAACGGAAGUUUAAUCUGUUUCGAGAGGAGAGUGAGGGGUAUUCGAAACUGAUAGUUGAAUUGAAUCAGGAGAGGCCUGCCAGUGAAGUUUCAAAUACUUUAGAAAUUGUCAAAUCGCUCAUAGGUUACUUCAACCUCGACCCCAACAGAGUCCUCGAUAUAGUUCUCGAGACCUUCGAGAACCGCCCGCAGGAUGAUGCCCUCUUCAUUCCCCUGAUAAAAUCCUACAUGUGUGACGAACAAGUCCUCUGCGAAGUCCUGGGUUUCAAGUACCGUUCAACCGUAGAUUCUACUCCUUUCUCCCUGCAGAAGCUCACAGCCCUGAUGCUGCAGCACAAAGUCAUACAUCUAGACAAUAUUCUCCCCUGGUUGGUUCCCGACGACAAGACUAUCAUCAAGGAUCACGAACAGUCGAUGCGUUCAGCAAAGGAAUACGUUCGAAAAAUGAGCAUAAUUUCGACGAAAGAUCGUGAGGAAGUGGUAGAUGAGCGAGAACCAGCACAGGACAAAUACUCAGGUAAUCAGAAAUUUGGUUUGUGCGAAGCACUGCUGGAGAUAGGUGCCUGGGAGGUAGCCCAGGGUCUCUUCAGUCGUCUUCCAGACCACAGCCUUACAGACCAGAAGCCAAUAGCCCUAGCCCUUUGCCGAAUGGUCCACUCAAUAGUGGAACCUGUCUACCGCAAACACUGUACAGUAUCUCCAAAGCUACCAGGCAGGAAGAUACCGCCGCUCAACAAUCCCCUUGCUCCAAAGCCGAUGAACGAUCUCAACGACAUUCACGACCAGCUCUUGCCAAUGUUGAUUAUCCUGGGACUAAAUUUACAUCACGAUCCUAUUCUGAUGUAUAAAAUAAUGAGAAUUUGUCAGGUUGCCAUUAAACAACAUCCCCUGGACUCUAACAAACAGCCAAUCGACAAGAGCAACACCAUUUAUUACGAUAUUCUCACAAUUCUGGAUGUCGUGCUACUACCCUCCCUCUCAUUUAUGGACUGCAAUUGCUGCGUUGCUGAGGAAAUGUGGAACAUUCUCAAAUACUAUCCUUAUCAGAAUCGUUAUUGUCUCUAUGCCAGGUGGAAGAACGAUACUCCCAUACAGCAUGCUGCAUUGCUUCGUAAACGAGCUGAUGUGCAAAAGAAAAUCAAGUCUAUCAUGAAGAGAGUGAGCAAGGAGACCAUCAAGCCUGUUGGAAGGACCAUUGGCAAGCUCACGCACUCCUCUCCUGGAGUGCUGUUUGAUUACAUUCUUAUUCAAAUUCAACUUUAUGAAAAUCUCAUUGGACCUGUUGUUGACUCGCUCAAGUAUUUGACCAGCAUAUCCUACGAUGUUCUUGGGUACUGUCUGGUGGAGGCACUGGCUGGGGCUGAUCGUGAUAGGCUGAAGCACGAUGGAAACAGUAUAUCUCAGUGGCUCCAAUCAUUGGCGUCGUUCUGUGGAGCAAUUUUCAAGAAAUAUAAUAUUGAGCUGACAGGACUUCUUCAGUAUGUGGCUAAUCAACUGAAGGCACAGAAAAGUCUCGAUCUAUUGAUACUUAAGGAGAUUGUACAAAAAAUGGCUGGGGUCGAGGCUGCUGAGGAGAUGACUGCUGAUCAACUUGAUGCUAUGGCUGGUGGAGAUCUCUUGAAAACUGAGGCUGGCUACUUCAGUCAAGUUAGAAACACAAAAAAAUCUUCUCAACGUUUGAAAGAAGCGCUGGCAGAGAACGACCUGGCAGUGGCACUUUGCCUCCUAAUGGCCCAGCAGAAACACUGCGUGGUUUACCGAGAGACCGACAAAUCCCACCUGAAGUUGGUGGGGAAGCUGUACGAUCAGUGUCAAGACACCCUCGUUCAGUUCGGCACAUUUUUAGGCCAAACGAUGACAGUACACGAAUAUGUUGAACGUCUCCCAGGGAUGCACAACAUGCUCCAAGACAAUCACAUUCAUGCAGACGUUGCUUUCUUCCUCGCAAGACCGAUGUUUACCCACGCCAUAAACAUAAAGUACGACGCCCUUCGUAAAGUAGAUCCCAACUACAAGAGAAUGUCAGCUUCAAUGAAACAAGCCAAAUGGGCAGAGGCAGCACAAUCAGUGAUGGCACCAGUGGCUCUAUCAGUUCGUCCCCUUCAUCCGCCCAAGGUCUGGGAGGAUAUAUCCCCUCAGUUUCUAGUGACCUUUUGGUCUCUGUCAAUGUCUGAUCUCUUCACACCAGUCGACAGCUAUCAAAGGGAGAUGAACAGACUAAAACAAUUGGCAGGACAGGCUGCUGAUUCCAAAGACAUGAAUGCCAGCAAAGGCAAGAAAGAGCAGGAGCGUUAUACAACUCUGAUUGACAAGCUCCAGGAUGAAAAGAAGAAACAGGAGGAGCACGUUGAGAAGGUACUGGCAUAUCUGAGACAAGAGAAGGAUUCGUGGUUCCUCUCUAGGAGUCCAAAAUCAGCCAAGAACGAGACAAUCACUCAGUUCCUUCAACUCUGCCUCUUCCCAAGGUGUACAUUCACUGCUGUCGAUGCAAUGUACUGCGCCAAAUUUGUUCAUACAAUUCACUCCUUGAAGACCGCCAAUUUCUCAACUCUCCUCUGCUACGAUCGACUCUUUUGUGAUAUUACUUACUCGGUUACCUCUUGCACUGAGAAUGAGGCCAAUCGUUAUGGAAGAUUUCUCUGUGCAAUGUUGGAGACUGUUAUGAGGUGGCACUCGGAAAAAGCUAUUUUUGACAAAGAGUGUAGUAAUUAUCCGGGUUUUGUUACCAAAUUCAAGGUCAGUAAUCAAUUCUCCGAGGCUAAUGACAUGGUGGGAUUUGAAAAUUAUCGACAUGUGUGCCACAAGUGGCAUUAUAAAAUUACAAAGGCUAUUGUUGUGUGCCUCGACUCCAAGGAUUACGUUCAGAUCAGAAACUCUUUCAUCAUUUUGAUCAAGAUUCUUCCACAAUUUCCAGUUAUUGCUAAACUCUCCGGAAUUCUUGAGAGAAAAGUUGAGAAGGUGAGGGAGGAGGAGAAGGGACAGAGGCAGGAUCUCCAUGUACUGGCAACUUCGUACAGUGGACAGUUGAAAGCUAAGACUCCACACAUGAUCAAGGAAGCUGAAUUUCAUCAUGUUAAUGAGAGAACUGCUAAGGCCCAAGAGAGUACUAAUAAUGAUACCAGUGAAAAAUUCAGCAAUGGAAUCAGCUCGAAGGAGGGGGUCAGCAAUGGAGAGAGCAGGGAAAAGGAGAAAGAUACCAAGGAGGUCAGGGAGAAGAGGUCUACCAAUAACACUGGUAAUCAUGAAGUCGUGGAAAAGGUCAGGAAGAAGGAGGAGAGCAAGGAUGUUGGUGAGAUUAAGGAGAAACAUGUCAAGAAAGAGGAGAAACCGAGUGAAAAGGAUGAUGAGGGUGGUGACAAGAAGGAGAGGAAAUCCAAGGAGGAGAACUAUUAUGGGAGUGGAGUUGAUCAUUUGGAUAGGGACUUGUCUAGUGUCUCAAAUAGUAGUGCUAGCAGCUCGGGACAGAAUCAGGAGACUGAUAGAGAGCCCAAGAGAAGAAAAGUAGAAAGCAUUCCUAAAGAAAGCAGACGUGCUGAGGCUACGAGUGAAAAGAAAGAAAGAUCGGCUAAGACUAAAAUCAGAGAUGAACAGAAAGAACUCAGACGGGAGAAAAAACUCGGUCGUAAAAGGGAUCGAGCUGAGGAGGUCGUCGCCGCAACGGAGCAAAAGCGAAGGAAAGACGAUGAUCGGGCAAAAAAUACCCACCAAAAUGGUGACGUCCCUGAGCAUAGAGAAAAGCACCACUAUAGCAAGGAAAAGUCGCCGUACACGAAAGAGAGGACACACGAGCGUGAGGGGCGUGAAGGCAGAGACAAACACAGACGGAGUUCAGAUCCCAAACGAAGAUGAUGUAAACCAACAGACGAAGUUUGACUUACAUUUUAUAUUCCCACGUUUGAAUGUUGUAUGUAAUAACAGCAAAAACUUUCAAAGGAAAUAAUAAUAAUAAUGAUAGAAGUAAUAAAAUCUCAAUAGUAAAUAA